AUGAGUGACGAGGAAAUCGAGUCGGACGAUGAACAAAUUCAGUAUGACGAGGAAGACACUUCUGAAGACGGUCUCCAGGAUGCCUCUGGUGACGAGGAAUCUGAAGAGGGAGAGGAGGGCGAUGAUGAGGAAGCAGACGAAGAGGAGGCGAGCGAAAGCGAAGCGCCACUCGUUACCCCACUCCCUUCCCAAUCACAACAAUCAUUACAGAUUUAUGUCCCAACAUCAUCACGCUCGUCUUCGCCAACCCAACAACGCCGAGAACUGUACCGCGCAGACGUCAACGCAAAGUCUUACACCAUCGAGCCUCUUGCUGCAUUCCCACAUCCGGUUGCCACUCACAGCUUGGCCUCCUCUAUAUGUUUGACACAUCUGCUUACCGGUUCUCAAGAUGGCUUCAUUCGUGACUACGACGUGUUUGCCUGCGCCAAUGGCAAAACCUUGUUGACUGCGCCUCAGCGUGCACACACAGGUAUGGCGGACACGAAUCUUAAGGCUGGUGUACUCAGGUCGUGGUGGGAAAACCUUGAAGAUGGUGCACGACCACUUGCGGAGACGGCGCUGUCCCCUGUACACAGUAUGACCUUACAAGCUGAUGCAUUGUGGGGUUUAUCUGGAACUGCAUCAGGCAAUAUAAAUCUCUUUACUAUUCGACAUGAAACGGGACGUAUCCAUCAUGUAUUGAGGGGCCACAGUGGGCCUGUCUCUUCGCUCUCCUUAUCAAACGAUGAGAUGAGCUUGUUCAGCGCGGGAUGGGAUAGCAAUGCUUUGCACUGGGAUCUCAACACUGGUCAAAUCAUCAGAGGGUUUUCAUCUCAUAGCGCUCAGCUUACGACUGUCGCCGUUCGCCCGCUGGGAGCCCCCAUACCCGCGAAUUACAGAACGUGGUCAAUAGGCACAGUAAUGCCUUCCCAGACAACCGAAUUCUCCACCCCGCAGCCUAUGCGUGUAGACGAGUCCCAAACUACAGUCGGAGCCCCAGUCACCUCUCCGCAAGCGUCGGAAGACGCCGCAGGGGAAUCGGACAACGACUUUGAUCCUCUCUUUGACGACGAUGCGGAGCCACCCCCAGCUCACCCCCAACCAGUUCCUGCGCCACCUCCACAGAGUGCCGGAAUGACCCUACCAUCGGGCGGCGGUGCGCUACAACUUCAUAUGCCUGGCUCAAACCAGUAUCCAACACGCACUCCGCCGCCGCCACCACUGCACCAACUCCCGUACCUAACCCCCGCACCAUCGAAAAAAGAGACACCAAUUUUAGACCCAGUCCGGUACAACGAUUUUUCUCCUGAUAUUCUCAUGACGGCAAGUAUCGAUGGGCAGGUCACGCUAUGGGACAGGAGAGCGUCAUCGCUUGAUAGUCGUGGCGUGGGCAGACUGGAAGGUAAUGAACGGUCUCCACCCUGGUGUGUUUCUGCUUGCUGGUCAGGGGAUGGUUCCCACAUUUAUGCCGGUAGACGAAAUGGUUUCAUAGAUGUGUGGGAUGUGCGCAAGUAUGGACCAGGUUCAGCAUCAGGACAACCAAGACUAGCCACUACCCUACGAAAUCCAUCAAGUAGUGGUAAUGUGACAUGUGUCACCGCAUUUCCAGAUCGUCAACAUAUUGUUUGCGCGUCCCAGGACAACAUUCGUCUCUGGAAUGUUUUUGGUCUGGAUGACAACGAUACCAGUAUGCAUCGAUCAAGACCAUCUGUCCCUUUCAAAAUUAUCGCGGGUCAUCAUGGCGGAAUUAUCUCGCAGAUUCUUGUGGAUGCCUCCUCUAAGUUCAUGAUCACAGCGAGCGGUAACCGCGGCUGGUUUGGUGAAUCAUCAAAAACAGUUAUCGUGCACUCUAUUACGCCACAGUGA